UUAAAAAAAUACAGUUGAAAGUAUUUGUACGUUUAUACGGAUUGGACAUAAAGGAACAAUUAUUUAAAAGAUGAAUAAGUUUCAUGUACUCUCUUUACUAUGCUUGGUUGCCAUGACAUUUGGAUAUCAUGUAGGGGAAAUGAAGAAGAGAUCGGACGGGGAAUAUUUCAUUAACUAUGUGACUUCGAGCUUAAAGAACGGUCAGAUGAGAGGUGUACAGAAGAAACAAGGCCAGGCGGUCACCAUCCACAACAAGGAAGUGCAGUUCGUGGUUCAAGGUGGCAUGAGUGUGGUGUUAGAUUUCGAUAAGAUGUUGAUGACGAUGAAAAACUCACCAGAUGCCAAAUAUUGUGGAGUGUUAGCAUUUAAUGAAGAACUAGUCACCUUACAACAAAUAAAGAACGCUCUCAAAAACCCAGAUAAAGAGUUUAAAUUUCCCAACAAGAAAACAUCGCUUCAUCUCCAAAAAGAUGACAUCGUUUAUCAGUCAGAGUUAUCGCCCCUGUCAGCUGAGCUUUGUAAAGGACUGGAAGUAUACGAGCUGAAACCAAUGCCGGAAGUUCAAAACACAGUAAAGGCUCUGUCAGUUCACAGACGACUUAGACCAAAACGGGAUGUAGGUUGGGGCGAGGUCCUUCUCAUUGUUGUUGUUAUCAUUAUACUUUUGUAAAUUGUCGUCUGCGUGAAGAUAUAAAAUAAAACAUAGGCAACAAGUCAAGACAUUUCGAAAGUUGGGUUUUCAUCAGGCAACAGUUAACAAAUAAGCAUUAUGGUAUGUCGUGUAACAAAAACGAAAGGACUAUCUUGAAAAAGGACUCUCUCAAGAUGAACUGAAUCCGACAAAAUAAAUACUGACUUUUACCUUUGUAUUCAGCAAUGCAAAGUCAAACGUACAUUAUAAAUUUAUUGAGCAAUGCCUAUGUACUGAAUUUUAAUUGUUCUCACUGUGCAUGUGGUACAUGUAUUUAGAUAACAUGGUGUGUAUGAAGGAACAUAAAUGUGAAAUAUUCAAAUUUUAAUGUGUAACAUUCUUUGUACAUGGUAUUUGCCUGUAAUUUAUAUUUUUGUGUGUGCCAUGGUUUGUAAUAUGUAUAUAUGAUGCAGACCAGGGUUGCGUUUCAUGGAAAGUCCCAAAAUAUGUCCCAAGACCAAAACUGUGACAAUUUUCGUUUCAAUGAAAAUGUCCUAACUUAUGACUCUUAUAAUUAUUAAGACUCUAUAAUUUUUGUUUAGCAAUGCAGAUGAAUAUUUACACCUCGUGCCAUUGUAGUUUGUAAGUUAGUCCUAUAGGUUGUCAUAAGACUUUUGAUGGACUUAGGACUUUCUAUAAAACGCAGCCCUGUAUACAGCUCUACUUAACUCUUAAUUUCUUAAACUGCUGAAUUUCUUAAAUGGACUGGCCAGCUUCCGUAUCUGAAAGUGUCCAUUUAUCAAAGUUUGGUAUAUCACCAUGAAAGGCAAACAGAAAAGGGCUGGGUCAGACGUGAAGUGUAAGCUAGCCCGACUCGAUACAGGUGGCAAAGGCUAGUCACUUUCAGUUGCAGUCACUCCGGGUUAAAUUUAAUGGUAUGAAUGUUGAAUUGUAAACACUUUCAUCAUACAUUUUUAAAGAUAUAGUCCUGAAAUGUUAGUGCAAUAAUGAUUAUUUUAAAAUAAAUAAU